GCUUAUAUAUCAACAAAAAUUUUCCCAUAGCAAAUCAACAUAAGUCUGUGUUGAAAUAUUUAAUAUUUGUUUUUUUAGGAAAAUAUGGAGUUUGAAAAUUAUAAACCUACAAUUGUUAUGAUUGUUAUGCAAUUUAUAUAUGCUGCUAAUACAUUAUUUUGUAGAGGUGCUCUUGUACAAGGAUUGAGUGCUAGAGUUUUUGUAGUUUAUAGACAAACUAUAGGAUUUCUCCUCAUUGCUCCUAUUGCAUUUGGGCCAAGAAGGAAAACAGAUAGUAUUUGCUUGGGAUGGAAGAGCUUUUGGUUGAUAUUCUUGGCUUCUCUAAUUGGUGUAACAAUAAAUCAGAAUAUUUAUUUUUCUGGUUUAUAUUAUUCUUCAUCUUCUAUUGCAAGUGCAACUUCCAAUCUUGUUCCAGCAUUCACUUUUCUUAUGGCAUGGGUCAUGGGAUUAGAGAAAGUGCAAAUGAAAAGCUUGAGAAGUAUAGCAAAGGUGAUUGGAACAAUUUUAUGUGUUGCUGGAGCUAUUGCAAUGGCAUUAAUUAAAGGGCCAAAGUUACUAAAUUCAGAAUUUAUUCCAACAAAUGGAUUAUUAUUAUUAACUCUUGGCAAAGAAAAUAAUUAUGAGAAUUUGGAUUCUAAUUGGAUGCUUGGUGUAAUUUUGCUAAUUGCAAGUGCUAUUUGCUGGUCACUUUGGCUCAUUUUACAGGUGACAUUGUCAGAAAAUUGUCCAGAUCAUAUAUCUUUAACAGCAUGGUUAUGUCUAUUUGCUGCAAUUCAAUCUGCCAUUGUCACUUUCUUCAUUGAACCUCAUAUUAAUACAUGGAAAAUAACUUCAUCACUUGAGCUCAUUUCUUGCUUAUUUACUGGAUUUGCAUCAGCAGUUACUUUUUUUGGACAAGCUUGGUGUAUUUCAAAAAGAGAUCCAUUAUUUUCAGCAAUGUUUAAUCCAUUAAAUACUGUUAUAGUAACAGUAUUUGCCUCAAUAUUUAUGCAUGAAGAAAUGUACACUGGCAGUUUGGUGGGAUCACUUGCUGUGAUUUUUGGACUAUAUGUGGUACUAUGGGGAAAAGCAAAGGACAAAAAAGAAGAAAAUCUUAUUGCAGAAGAAGAGCCAAUGAAGCAAAAUAAUAUUCAAGAAACUACAAUUAUAAUUCAAGAUUCAAAUAAUUCAGAUUUAAUUACAAGUUGUAAAAUAGAUUUAGAGGAACCCCUUUUGAUUAAAAAAUCAACAAGUCAUGAAGAUGAUAAAUAGUGUAAAAAUUAAGAGAAUUAGAGGAAUUUUCGAGUAUUUGGCGAUCUCAGAUGUGUUGAUAUCAGUAAUAAUUUAUUAUUUCGAUGAGUCGUUUCGAGAAAAAGAACUGUGACAACUAGUCAUAAUUUAAUUUAAUUCCUUCAUAUGUAUGAGUAUUUAUUUUGUUGUAUGUAACUAGCCAUUUCUUUUU